GAUGUAAACUACUUUAAUGUAGAAUAGAUAGUCAGUCGUCUGUUUUUUUCUACCGGCUGGACUGAUUUGUCCAGCCUCUUUUCUUCUUGGUCAUAUCGCCAUUCAUGUUCCAAGAUCAAUGUCCUUCCUUUCGAACAUCACCGCGUCGUUUCUCGGCGAGAGGCCGGCGUUAACUUCACCACACGCCCAAUUGAAAUUACAGCCGCUUGCUCCCAUCAAUUCUAGACCCAGUAUUAGGAUUGCCCCACCGUUUCAGAAGGACGCAUUUGGGGUCUCCCGGAUAGGUAUUGGUAGGUCGAGUAGAUGCGGCAGAAAACGAAGCGUAUGCAUGACAUUGAUAAAUGAGAGACUUGGGCGUGAUCGAGAUGUAGCCGACCCGUCUUCCAUACUGGCAUAUGAACUAGUUCAAGGAAAACAUGUAAACUGGAGCUCAAUGGUUGUAUUGAAUAGGUCAAUACCAGAGCCACCUACAGCUGUUCUCUUGCAUGGCAUUCUUGGGAGUAGAAAGAACUGGGGAACUUUUGUUCGGCGGCUGGCACAAGAAUUUCCAACAUGGCAGUUUGUUUUGGUGGACUUGCGGUGCCACGGUGAUUCAGCAUCACUCAAGAAGAGAGGUCCACAUACUGUUUCUUCAACCGCUUUAGACGUGCUAAAACUAAUUGCACAACUUAGAAUAACACCCCGUGUCCUAAUUGGCCAUAGCUUUGGAGGAAAAGUUGUCUUGAGCAUGGUGGAGCAAGCUGCGAAGCCACUUCCACGGCCAGUUAGAGUUUGGGUUCUGGAUGCCACACCUGGAAAAGUUCGAGCUGGUGGAGAUGGUGAGGACCAUCCAGGGAAGCUAAUAUCUUUCUUAAAGAAAUUGCCUAAAGAGGUCUCCUCAAAGCGGGAUAUUGUGAAUGCUCUCAUUCAAGAAGGAUUUUCAAAGGAUGUUGCACAGUGGGUUGUCAUGAAUCUUCGACCAACUGCUACUGCUGGUUCAUCAUCAUCAAGUUUCUCGUGGGUGUUUGACCUCGAAGGGAUUUCCGAAAUGUACCAGUCCUAUGAAGAAACAAAUUUAUGGAAAGUGGUGGAAGCUCUACCUCGUGGCGUCCAUGUUAAUUUUUUGAAAGCAGAAAGGAGUUUGCAUCGAUGGGCCCUUGAAGAUCUUCAACGAAUUCAUGCUGCUGAAGAGACUGCUGCUGAUGAAGGUGGAGGGGUUGAGAUGCAUGUCCUUGAAGAUGCUGGGCAUUGGGUACAUGCAGAUAACCCAGAUGGACUCUUCAGGAUUCUUUCAUUUUCUUUCAAGGGAGUUAAAGCCUAAAGGUGUUGUAUGCUAGUCAAAAUUCGAUAUCAGUGUUACCCGGACUUUUCAUUUUUUUGUUACCCUCGACGUGUUUGGCACCUAUGUUUGACACAUAUUUUAACACGAGUACGAGGGUAUGAUUCUUUUAAUAUAUGAAAAAAAAAUAAAG